AGCAGUGCCGGCUCAAGACGGGUGACAGCUGUCAAGCAGUGGCGAAGCGUCCUGCUGUGCGAUGUGCUGACGCGGCUGCAGUUCCGUGGGGUCUCUGAGUUCUACGCUUCGCCACAGUCUGCGUGUUGCAGAUCCGCAUCGCUUUUUCUAGAGGUUGCUUCAGCGAGAUCGUACCAGCAGCACUUGUUGGUAUGAUGCAGGCCGCUCCACUUGGCUGCCGCAUCGGCGUGGAAGUAACGGGCCUCGACUUGAACCGCGCCUUGCAAUUUCAAAACGGAGCGGCGCUUGCCAACGAUAUUCGGGCAAAGAUGGCAGAGUCUGGCUUGGUUUUGCUGAGAGGGCAGGCGAAAGAGCUAGAAGGCUGCAAUCAAGUGGCCCUGUCUCGCUGGUUUGGGAAGCCUUUCGAUUUGCCUUUGCGAUACCAGCACGUUCGUUCCCCUGCGAAGCAGAUACUACGAGUGUCGAACGAUCCCGAAGAAGGCAAAGUCGGAGUAGGGACGGCUGGUUGGCACAUUGAUGGUGUUACAUACCCGACGCCGUUUCGAUUCGCCCUGUAUCAUAUAGUUCACGUGCCGCAGGAAGGCUCGACGAAGUUCUUGCGAUUAGAAGACCUGGCGAACGCUUUCCUAAGGCAUCAGUCCGAAGAGUGGGACAAGUUAUGGCUUGAGGUGGUUGGUAGCCAGGCUGACGCUGAGCCGGUCUGUCAUCCCUUUCUCUUUGCACAUCCCUCCACACAAAAGCCGUCCGUUUGCUUGCACACAGGUAAGGUUCGAUGCUUCGUGUGGCACAAAGGCACCAACAGGGAGCGCGCGACAGAGACGGAAGAGACGUUUAGAUUAAUGGAACGGAUUCAGGAGGAGGUAGUUGCGUUGCCACCUGAGUCGCUCUAUUCACACAACUGGCAAAGCGGUGACCUCAUCAUUUCUGACAACCUGGCUGUGGCUCAUUUGGCGUCCGCCGAAUCCCAGCUGGCUGCCUCUGAGAACGGGCUGCGCGUGCUGCACCGCGUCGUGACGGAGGGCGAGCAUGAUUUGGUCCCCCUGGUGAACGGACGGGCUGACGCGAACCCCAGGCUGUGAGCCCGCAGUGGUUGGACGAUAGAUUCCUCCUCCUCCUCCUCCUCCUCCUCCUCCUGAGUCAUGAGUCUCAUAUUUUCCACCGCGUCAGCGGCUGCGUGCCAUGAUGCAAAGUUGUGUCUGGCUUCGCUUGAAAACCAGCCCCCUUCUGGCAGUUGCGCCCCUGAUCCUGACCUGGUCCGUGUCCUUGACGCCAGUGGUCGCCUUGAACAGCUCAAACGUCAGGUAAGUGCGAGUGACAAUAGCGACUGUGGCUCCGGACCUGGCGCGCCUUGGGCCACAGGCUCCGGGCGGCGCGGUCCGCGCCUUCUGUCUGUCUUCCUUAGAGGACAAUCAACUUGUUGGACUUUUAUAUCCGGAGUUUGUGAAAGCGUUUCUUCCGCUGCUCGCCGAUCAACGAUUCAGGCAACUGGAUCGGCGGCGGGGAUAGGCUUCGGAAUUCGCCGCGCACGUGGCAGAAUCCGAACCCUGCCACCGCCCUCCAUCGAUUCGGGAUGGUUGGCGGGGGUGGGUUCGGACGUCGCCACCCAUGUCGGAGGCCCGCGCGGGCCUCCGAGACUCUCUGAUGCUUGUGCGGUUCCUUCUCCCUCUGCUCCUGGUGUUGGCUUUUCUUAAUUUAUUCCUCCAGAAUCCGCCUGCAGGGGGACAUGCCCGAUCUAGUCCCG